GGCCACCACAAUCUAUGGCAAGGGGGGCACCAGCGCCAACAAGUUCUACGAGAAGCUCAGCCGCUUGUACCCAUUCUACCGAGACUCGGUGGAUAUCGAGUGGGAGGGCGUGGCGGUGAUGGCGGCCAUCGAUCUUUAUCAGGGUGGCCUUAUCGAUUUCAUGAUGGUGGACUCCAAGUUCACCGCGGGCAUGGUGGAGGCUGGCCUCUACCGCCUGCCCAUGGUGGGCUCCGCCCUGGUCAUGGUCUACAACUUGCCCUCCCUCAACAACACCCAGCUGGUGCUGGAUGGCGAGACGCUGGCGCUCAUCUGGUGUGGCAAUAUAUCGCAGUACGAGACUUCACUCCUCAUUCACAAGCGAAAAGAUUGAGAGUUUGUAGUCUGCAGAUUAUUGAUUCGAUUUAA